ACACCACCCAGCUUUGGAACGCGAUCCGUAGUUGAGAGUACCCAACCCAAUCGCAAUGAGUGACGCAGCACCAGCCGGCGGCGAGGCGCCCUCCAAGAAUGCGCUGAAGAAGGCGCAGAAGGAGAAGGAGAAGGCAGAGAAGAAGGCUGCGGCCAAAGCCCGUGAGCUCGCUGAGCGCUCCAAGAAGGAAGCCGAUGACGCGGCCGACGUAUCUGCCGACUCGUAUGGCGAGCUCCCUCUGAUCGGAUCCAAGGACUUCAAGCCCACGGGAACCCCACGCACUGACUUCACCGAGAUUGCCAACAAUGAGGACAAGGAGGUCACAUUCCGGUGCUGGGUGGAAAAUGCAAGAGUUCAGUCUGCUAAGCUUGCAUUCUUGAACCUGCGCCAAAGCCUCAACACGGUGCAGGCUGUGGUUGCGGCCAGCGACAAGCUCAGCAAGCAAAUGGUCAAGUUCUGUGGUAACGUCAGCACCGAGAGCACGCUGGUGGUCACAGGACUGGUCAAGCGCGUCAAGGAGCCCAUCAAGAGCGCAACCAUUACCGACUUUGAGAUUCACAUUCAGAAGCUGUUCGUCGAGGCCAGCGCCGAGAUUCCGCUGCCGCUCCAAGUGUCCGAUGCUGAGCGGCCCAUGCCCAGCGACGCGGCGACAGAGGAGGGCGAGAAGGAGGGCGAGGGCGACGAGCGCCCGCUUGUCAGCUUGAACACCAGGUUGAACAACCGGACGCUUGAUCUCAGAGCCAAGAUCAACCAGUCUAUUUUCGUCAUCAAGAGCGGCGUGUGUGCCUUGUUCCAGGAGUUUCUGUCCAAGAAGGGCUUCAUGCUGGUCCACACACCAAAGAUUCUUGGAGCUGCUUCCGAAGGAGGCGCCAACGUCUUUGAGCUCAAGUACUUUGGCCGACCCGCCUACCUAGCCCAGUCUCCGCAGUUCUACAAGCAGAUGCUGAUAGCCUCGCGCUUCCAAAAAGUCAUGGAAAUCGGGCCCGUAUUCCGCGCCGAGAACUCCAACACGGCCCGCCACCUGACCGAGUUCACCGGCCUGGAUCUGGAAAUGGAGUUUCAGGAAAACUACCACGAGGUCAUGAGCGUCCUCGAGGAUCUCAUGCUCUUCAUCUUCACCGAGCUCAACUCGCGCUACGCCAAGGAGACGGAGCUGGUCCGCGGCGUCUACCACGUCGAGCCAUUCAAGCUGCCGGAAUCGGGAAAAGUACCCAGAAUCCCGUUCCAGGAGGGAAUCAAGAUGCUGCGUGAAGCGGGUGAGGAGCUUGGUGACUAUGACGACCUGACAACACCCCAAGAAAAACACCUGGGCCGCCUCGUCCUGGAAAAAUACGGCACAGACUUCUACACGCUCGACCAAUUCCCACUCGCCAUCCGCCCGGCCUACACGAUGCCAUCGCCCGCAGACCCCGCCCUAUCAAACUCAUACGACAUGUUUAUGCGCGGCCAGGAAAUCUGCUCUGGCGCCCAGCGCAUCCACUCGUCUGCUCUGCUCGCCGACCAGAUGCGCAAGCACGAUCCCCCAAUCGACCCCGCGGGCCCCGGCACAAAGGACUACGUCGAUUGCUUCAAGUAUGGAUGUCCCCCCCAUGCUGGUGGCGGCUUUGGCCUCGAACGUAUCGUCCAGUUUUGGCUCGGCCUCCCCAAUAUUCGCAUGUGUAGCUUGUUUCCCAGGGAUCCGCAGAGAGUCGUGCCGUAGAUAUGGAUGUAGGGGGGGGGGUAUACUUGUGCGGGAUUGGGGGGUAUGCUCUCACUGCACUGCACUGCACUACAAGAUGUGUGUAUUGUGUAUGUGUAUGUGCAUGUGCAUGUAUGGGGGGGGGAAAGAGAGAGCGAGAGUUUUGUAGAACUAGACAAGCGAAGACAAGAA